CAGAGUGCAGGGUUCAGGGGUGCACUGUGUACAGAGUGCAGGGUUCAGGGGUGCCCUGUGUACAGAGUGCAGGGUUCAGGGGUGCACUGUGUACAGAGUGCAGGGUUCAGGGGUGCCCUAUGCACAGAGUGCAGGGCUCAGGGGUGCACUAUGUACAGAGUGCAUCGUUUAGGGCUGAUCUACAUACAGAAUGCAGAGUUGAGAGGUACAUUAUGCACAGAGUGUAGGGUUCAGGGGUGCACUGUGUACAGAGUGUAUGGUUCAGGGGUGCCCUAUACACAGAGUGCAUGGUUCAGGGGGUGCACUAUGUACAGAGUGUAUGGUUCAGGGGUGCCCUAUACACAGAGU